UUUAUUUAUUUAUUUAGUUUUUUUUGAUACAAACAAUUCAAACAUCACUAACAACUACAACAACUAACUACUACUAGUUGACUGUAAAACUGGCCACAAAUUUAUUUGGUUGUUGGCCACCGAUUGAUCGGUAAAAAAUAUUGACAAUCAUCUUCACGCCAUCGGAAACAUAUGUGUUGACCGAAAAUAAAUAAUGACUGACCAAUCGUAUCGUAUUUUGAAGACCAACCUGCAGGCCAUCAGCAGCAGAGGACCGAACAGCGAUUACCGUCGCUAUAGUGAUGAUCGCCGAUCGGACAGCGGCCGCACCGCCGACUGUUCGCAAACACAUCGGCGAUCGAUGACGAGGACAACACGCGAUGAUAGCGGUCGCGGCGGCAAACGGUCAUACAAUGAUGAUGACGACGACGACGAUGAUGGUCGCCGUCGUCGUCGUCGUGGUAGUAGUAGUGGUGGUCAUCGUAACCAAACUACCGAUAAUGACCACUUUCGGCAAAUGAGUCAACUAAAGGACGAUAUAGAGAGGCUGCACACCGACCGGAUCCGAACCAAUGAAGAUAUGUUAGCCCUGCAGAUGACUAACAAAGAUUUGCGGGAAAAGUUGAAACAAAUGAAUGAAAGACAACUGAUUGAAAACAAUGUCGGCCGAGAAAGAGGUGGUCACGACAGUGAUGACAGUGGAUUUGGAUCAUCGCYGUCGACCGCCGCCGCCGGUCCCAUACAGACUAUCAAGACGAUGGUYGCCGAAAAAAAAUUGAAACAACAACUSGAGCGCCARUUAGCCGAAGAAAGACAAAAAUGCAAAGACUUGGAGCUAAAAUUGCGUAAUAGUUGUCGCAGUGGAUCCGGGAUUCCGGGAAUUGGCGAUAGUUUAUGGMCGCCGCCGCCGACUAAUCUGGAAGCGGUUCGUCAGGAAAACAAAGUACUGAAGGAUAAGGUUAAGAAGUUUUACGAAAACGAACAGAUUUGGAUCAAUCAGACCAAUACAGCCAAACAGUUGGCCAAAGAAUUAGAAAAUAAGUUGUCGACAAUGAAAAAAUGYUAUCAAAAAGAGUUGAUGAAUAUGAAGACUACACACCAGAGUACGGUUACGGCACUCAAGAAACAGAACCGAUACUUUCAAAACUGCAAUAAUCUYAACAAACGCAAACAUCUGACCACUGAAUAUCUCUAUCGACGCCACCAAUUGAUGUACAAAAAGAGUCAACGAGUAUUGCAUCGAUUGAUCAACAAAAAUAGUGGCCAAUGUCUGGAUGAAUUAGCCCGCGAUAUACAGGACCUAAUUGCCCGACGCAAAGAUGAAAUACAGAAAAAUAACAAUCAGUUGAAUGCCGAAGUUGUUGAAAAACAAUGGUCGCUGACCGAUGAAUAUCGGAAAAAUGCCGACAAAAUGGUUAACACAAAAUCGCCGGACAAUACUUCAGUCCAAUGUCCUGAAUGUGACCGCAAGUUUGCCAACUAUUGUUACGUACGUAAACAUCUGGAAGCCGUCCACUUUAUAGUCGAGACAAAAAUUAUCGAUACUAUCCAGUUGUCAGAUGAUGAGUGAGUGACUGGACAUCCCUGUCCUCUCUCUCUCUCUCUCUCUCUCUCUCU